GUGUUGCAAUGGCAAACAUAAACAUUGAGGGAAUCUUAAAGGAACUUCCAAAUGAUGGCCGUGUUCCGAAGACAAAGAUUGUGUGCACACUGGGCCCUGCUUCUCGGACCGUGCCAAUGCUUGAGAAGCUUCUGAAAGCAGGGAUGAAUGUUGCAAGGUUCAACUUCUCGCACGGGACCCAUGAGUACCAUCAGGAGACCUUGAACAAUCUCAGGAUUGCUAUGCAGAACACUCAGAUCUUGUGUGCUGUCAUGCUUGAUACGAAGGUCCCUGAUUUUUUCUACUUUGUUUAACUUCUUUGGGCAAUUUUCCAUAUCCUUACAUUGUGCGAUGGGCCUUUUGACUUGGAAAAGGUUAUUCUCUAGUGUGGAAAUGAGUUUGGUUUCUCCAUUAUCUUGUAUUUAGAUGAUUGUGAUUGAUUUUUUGGGAUUUAAAAAGAAUAAGAAAACUCAAACUAUUUCACACUGUGUGCGUGUGUGUGUGUUUUUUUUGGGUGGGUGGGUUAGGUUAUGGGCAUCAUUUUAUUUGGAUAU